GGAACUAGCCGUUACGCUGAUUAUCUUCGAAGCCCUAAUCUAGUGCGCCUCUUCGUGCAAGUGUUUUACAAAUCGCAUCCCACCAGUUUUGGGUUUUUUCUUCUAUUCAUCGUUCCUAUUAAUCGAUUCAACCAAAUCUCCCGCUUUAACAUCAUAACUCAUCCGAUCCAGUAUCAUAUAUUCUUGUCGAUUCGAACAUAGCCUCCUCUGUUUGCAAUAGACAUGGCCUCAAGAACAGUCGCUAAGGAUAUCAUCACUCUUCGGGGUUCUGCUGCGAUAGUUAGCGAGUUCUUUGGAUAUGCUGCCAACAGUAUUCUUUACAAUCGAGGAGUUUACCCAGAAGAAAGCUUUUCGAAGGUCAAGAAAUAUGGCCUCCCAAUGUUGCUCACACAAGAUGAGGGGGUCAAAUCUUUCAUUGCCAAUCUAACUGCUCAGCUUACUCAAUGGCUUGAAGCUGGGAAGUUACAGAGGGUUGUCCUCGUUAUAAUGAGCAAGGCCACUGGUGAAGUCCUUGAAAGGUGGAAUUUCAGCAUUGAGACCGACUCUGAGGUUGUUGAAAAAGGUGUAUCAAGGGAAAAGAGUGACAAGGAAAUAAUGAGAGAGAUACAAGCAAUUAUGCGACAGAUUGCUUCAAGCAUUACCUAUUUGCCAUGCCUUGAUGAAACUUGUGUUUUUGAUGUGUUGGCAUACACUGACAAAGAUGUGGCGGUUCCAUUCACUUGGGUUGAGAGUGAUCCAAAACUUAUUGCAAAUCCACAAAUGGUGAAAUUGCAUUCCUUCGAUACCAAGAUUCAUAAAGUUGAUACUCUCGUUUCCUACAAGAACGACGAGUGGGAUGAACAGUAGAUUCAUACUUAUUUUCCUGAUUUUGUUCUAUUCCUGUGUUUGUCUACCGUGAAUUUCUAUUCACAAAUUGUCAGAGUGUCUUAGGUCUGUCCAUGCGUAUGAUGGUCAACCCAAUCUGAGACAGUACAAACCGCUUUUCUGUUGUAUUGUUCAACUUGUUUGUGGCUGCAAGAAAUGUGCCACGUAUGCCAAAAUUGUAGUUGACUAUGAUUUCGGUUGUGAUGAUAAUUCCGGGCAAACACUGAUCAGAGUGUGAUCGUAAUAGAAAAUUCUUCGUUAAAUUAGUAUAA